CGUGGCGAUGACUGUAGUGAACGCGCAUCGCGUGUUUGACGUCACUGAAGCGCCUUGGCUCUCCAGAGCCGCUGGUACUGCUGGUAAAAGAUGGGAAAAUAUGAUAGCUAUAUAACGAAUAACUAAGAGAAAAUGACCGUUUGUGCUCCUGAUUUCAAUUUGUCACACCAUUCUAUACAGACGCCGAAUUGACCUCUACAGGACAGACAAUAAGAUUGGUGACAUACGUUUGGAUCACUGGAAGGCAGCUUUAGUUGGAAGACAAAAUAUUACCGGUUGUUUCUUGUUGAAAUCUAAAGUCCACGAUUCAGUUACGAUUUUAACCAAACUAUUUAAGGAAACAUCACUCAAGCUUUAGACCUUCCAUUCCAAGAGUUCCAUUCUUCUAUUUAGCAGAAGAUGUAUGGCAGUGCCCGCUCUGUUGGCAGGGGGGAGGCCAACCACAGCGGUGGAAGAGAUGGAGGAAGUAGCACUAACCAGGGAUCUGGCCGUUCACCUCGCCUUCCUCGCUCCCCACGAAUGGGCCACCGUCGCACCAACAGUACAGGUGGUAGUGGAGGGGGCCCUGGAGGUCCUGGAGGAAAGACCCUUUCCAUGGAGAACAUCCAGUCCCUCAAUGCGGCUUAUGCAACUUCAGGACCAAUGUACCUGAGUGACAAUGAGGUUGGCAUGACAGACCACAUCCCAAAGAGUGGUGGGACGAUGACGACUAUGGGGAGACAAAGGGUGACCUACGGCUCAAGGAGCAGCAACAGUGGAGGCGUGGCAGCCAGCACCCCCAACAUUGCCACCUCAGUGCCCACAAAUCCAUUGCUGCCUGGCGGGAUGAUAAGCGGCGAUGCACUUGCUUUUGGGGACCACCAUAUGUCCUCCACUGUGCCCCACUCUCUGAGACAGGCCAGGGAUAACACCAUACUGGACCUACAGGCCCAACUCAAGGAGGUAUUGCGUGAGAACGAACUGCUGCUGAGAGAGGUUGAAAUGAAGGAGAGCAAACUAAGCUCCUCCAUGAAUUCCAUCAAAACCUUCUGGAGCCCCGAGCUGAAGAAGGAACGAGCUCUGCGGAAAGAUGAGGUGUCCAAGAUCUCUGUGUGGAAAGAACAAUACCGCAUCGUUCAGGACGAAACACAGCAUCUCCAGAUGACUGUGCAGGCCCUCCAGGAUGAGCUCCGGGUCCAGAGGGAUCUCAACCAGCUGCUACAGCAGGACCCAGCCCUCCAUGGCCGGGACCUGGCCUUGGUGGCGGAGCCCACCGAGGAGAACUACCGCCGGCUGCACACGGAGCACGAGCGGCAGGCCAAGGAGCUCUUCCUGCUGAGGAAGACCCUGGAGGAGAUGGAGCUGAGGAUCGACACCCAGAAGCAGACCAUGAGUGCCAGGGACGAGUCCAUCAAGAAGCUCCUUGAGAUGCUGCAGAGCAAAGGUCCAUCCGCCAAAGUCUCCGAGGAGGACCAGGAGCGGACCAGGAGGCUGGCGGAUGCAGAGAUGCACAGACACCACCUAGAGAGUCUGCUGGAGCAGAGAGACCGAGAGGUCUGCGCUCUGAGGGAGGAGUUACACCGGCGCUACGAGGGGACCCCUGAGUCCACCAAGACCAAGGCCCUCCAGACAGUCAUCGACAUGAAGGAUGCUAAGCUGAUCUCCAUGGAGCGCAAUCUGCGGGACAUGGAGGAGGAGAUGCUGAUGCUGAAGUCCAACGGCUUGCUGAGCUGCGAGGAGCGCCAGGAGGAGAUGAAGCAGAUGGAGGUCUACCGCAGCCACACCAAGUUCAUGAAGAAUAAGAUGGAGCAGGUGAAGCAGGACCUGUCCAGGAAGGACACAGAAAUGCUGGGCCUGCAGACCAAGCUGGAGACCCUCACCAAUCAGUUCUCAGACAGCAAGCAGCACAUUGAGGUGCUCAAGGAGUCGCUGACCGCCAAGGAGCAGAGGGCUGCGAUCCUGCAGACAGAGGUGGACGCCCUCCGCCUACGUCUGGAGGAGAAGGAAGCCACGCUCAACAAGAAGACCAAGCAGAUCCAGGAGACGUCCGAGGAGAAGGGCACCCUGAACGGGGAGAUCCACGACCUCAAGGACAUGCUGGAGGUGAAGGAGCGCAAGGUCAAUGUCCUACAGAAGAAGAUUGAGAACCUGCAGGAGCAGCUUCGGGACAAGGAGAAGCAGAUGGGCAGCCUGAAAGAGAGGGUCAAGUCUCUGCAGGCAGAUACCUCCAACACGGACACCGCCCUCACCACGUUGGAGGAAUCCCUCGCUGAGAAGGAGCGUAUCAUCGAGCGGCUGAAGGAGCAGAGAGACCGGGACGACCGGGAGAAAGGUGAAGAGCUUGACUGCAACAAGAAGGAGCUGAAGGAGUUGAAGGAGAGGGUGAGCGUGCUCCAAGGAGACCUGUCAGACAGAGAGACCUCUCUGCUGGACCUGAAGGAACAUGCCUCAUCACUGGCCUCCUCUGGGCUGAAGAAGGAUUCCAAGCUGAAGAGUCUAGAGAUCAAUCUGGAGCAGAAGAAGGAGGAAUGUCACAAACUGGAGAGCCAGUUUAAGAGGGCCAAGAACGCUGCCCUGGAGGCCCUGGCCAACACGGAGCUGGCCGAGCGCAUCAGCUGCCUGGAGGAGGAGGUGGCCCGCCACAAGGAGGACUCAGGGAAGGCGCAGGCCGAGGUGGACCGCCUGCUCGACAUCCUGAGGGAGAUGGAGAACGAGAAGAACGACAAGGACAAGAAGAUCAACGAGCUGGAGAGUCUGGCCUCCAGGCAGAUGAAGGACCAGUCCAAGAAGGUGGCGUCGCUGAAGCACAAGGAGCAGGUGGAGAAGAGCCGCAACGCCCGACUCAUGGAGGAGGCGCGCAAGAGGGAGGACAACAUGUCGGAGAGCUCCCAACAGGUCAAGGACUCCCUGCGGCACAAGGCGGAGCGCAUCGAGGAGCUGGAGGAGGCUCUGAGGGAGAGCGUGCAGAUCACGGCGGAGAGGGAGAUGGUGCUGGCCCAGGAGGAGUCCGCCCGCUCCCUGCAGGAUAAGAGGAUGCACUCAUUCAAACCAAUGCAUGAGUCUCACCUCACCCACUUACAGUGGUCCAAGAUGGAGGAACUCCUGGGGGCCAUGGAUAAGGUGAAGCAUGAGCUGGAUUCCAUGAGGGCCAAGCUGGCCUCCACCCAGCAGUCCCUGUGUGAGAAGGAGACCCACUUGACCACCCUGCGAGCCGAGCGCCGGAAACACCUGGAGGAGGUGCUGGAGAUGAAACAGGAGGCGCUGUUGGCUACCAUUAGCGAGAAGGACGCUCACAUCGCGCUGCUAGAGCUGUCCUCCUCCAAGAAGAAGAAGACUCAGGACGAGGUGGCGCAGAUGAAAAGGGAGAAGGACCGGCUGGUGCAGCAGCUCAAACAGCAGACUCAGAAUCGAAUGAAGCUUAUGGCAGAUAACUAUGACGAUGACCAUUUGAAGACGGCCCCUGAUCAGACCAAUCACAAACCUUCUCCUGAUCAGAUGAUCCCCCCUCUGUUAGCCCUCGCCCAGAACCGCAGUAAACUCAAGCUCUACAUCGCCCACCUGACCGACCUGUGCCACGACCGCGACCCCAGCAUCCUCAGCCAACUCACCCCGCCCUCCCACUAUCACCAUGCUGACCCCCCAGCAUGGGAGGAGGAGCUGAAGAAGAUGACCCUUGACCAGCUGGAGGGGGAGCUGGAGGUCUGCGAGAGGGAGAGCGGGGAGCUCCAGGAGUACGCCAACGUGGUUCUGCAGCAGAUCGCCGACUACUGUCCUGACAUCCUGGAGCAGGUCGUCAACGCACUCGAAGAGUCGUGCUGACCUCUCGACCCCGAUCCCUGCCCACCUCCUUCAGGCUUCAGAUAAACCCUUGAGCUCAGUCCCUAGCACAGCGGUAGUCGACGGAGCCGUCCCAUGUCAACCGGGGCCCGGUGUGGGGUGUGGGGUGGAAAGCGAUGAUCAUCCAAAAGCCUGGACAUAUCUUUCCUCUCCUGGGUCUCCUGAGUGUUUCUGAUUAUUAUCUACAUUUAGAUGAAGAACUUGGAGGCUAAUCUAGGUUCUGGGUUCCCGUCUUCAUACACCUCGCCUCCACUGUUCCUCUCGUUAUGAUGGAUGAUGGCGUUAAUGUUGAGCACAAUUUGUUUUGAGGCAUGCGGUGUUGUCCACGGUCAGAGUAGAUAACGGAAACCCUUAGGCCCUAGGGGAGACCUCUAGAUAAGAAGAGGGAAGAUCUGGGCUGAUUCUUGGAGUGUUGAUGCUUGAGGCUUUUGUAUUUAAUCUUUUUUUAAUAGUUAAUUUCAAUUAUUUUCCUGUGUUCCUAAAGUAUUACAUCGGAAGCAGUGGCUGUUCAUCGUAAUUUAUACUAUCUGUCGAGACUAGUCAGAAGUCAAGAUAUUCUUAGAUGAUCAUUUAAACACUGAAACACACAAAUCUAUGCUUUAAACCAAAAACAAGUAUGUUUUCCAAAUGUCCCCUUGUGAUAUUUGGAUUUUUUUAUUGCCAGAAUUAUAUUUAAGUUAACUGGAGUUUUGGGUUUGGGCUCAGUUAAAAGCAACACUACAGACCAGGGGCGUGCACGGGGUGUGUUGGGACAGCAGUCUGGCCACUGUAGCCCCCUCUCUCUCUCUGCACGCCCAUGCUACAGAACACAUGAAGCCCAGACUAGAUUUAAAAGAGGGAAGAAAAUCAGAGCGAGGCUGUAGCUCUGCACUAAAUGUCACUAAAUAAAGAUUUUACUCCAGAAGUUUUUGCACACAAUGUCCAUGUGUUUUAUGAGGUAUGCAACGUUGUUGAGUCCCAGUGGCCUUGGAGCAUGCACAGUAAUCUGUUGUGGACCUUAUGCAGGGAUGUGUAGUCCUCUGUACCAGCGGUGCUAAGGCAUGAUGGAAGAGUAUGUUUUUCCAUCCAACCUAGUAACCGUUUGACCACAAUUCCUAAGUGUUUUUUGUAUGGACCCCACUUAAAAGCCCUAGUUUUUUGUUUUUAUUUGAAUUUGUGAAAAGGCGAGGGAUGUUGUUCCUGUUAUGGUUUUUCUCCCUAAUCAUGUGUAGGUACCAGUUGGGGUUCUUUCUUGUAUUUCCAGAAAAAUGGUUGACCUUAUUACCACCAGGGAUUCGUACUGUUUAAUCUUCAGGGCUCAUGUUUUGAUUGUGCUUUGGCAUUUACAGCUCAUGUAAGUCCGUUUUUGGCAGAUUUUGAAUUUUUAGAUCAGUUUGUAAAUAACUUGAUAAUUAACACGUUAAGUGACUGGAUAUAGAUGAUUUAGUGGAAGAUUUGCAUUUAAAAAAACAUAUAUAUGACAAGUUAAAAGCGGUGCAGUUGUCUUUUUUGUUUGUAUAAUUUUGUCUUCAAGACAGAAUGUGUGACAGUACUGCCAUAAAUUGCAGAAGUCAUGAUCUAUAGAUAUACAUAUAUAAAAAUGUUAACCAUAUGAAUAUGCAUUGAAUGUUUGCACAGAAUCCUGAGGAGUGAGUUGCUCUCAAUAAAAUGGCUGUUAAGUGUUGAGAGAAAAUGUGUCAAAAUACAACCUUUUGUGUCAAUACGUGAACUGCAGAUGUUUCGAACCGUGAUUAGUGAUGGAAAAGUAGUUUUCGUGCAUUAUCCUCUAAGUUAUACAUUACCCCAAAAUAUAUUUUUAGUUUGUUCGUAUUCCAAUCUUUUUCCAGACCCUAGUGUUAUAUUUGAGAAGGCUGUACAAAAAUAAGUGUCUAGUGUGGCCUGUCUGUUAGGAAUGGAGGUUGUGUAAGAUGCAUAUUGGUCCAAGUUCUAAAUGUAUUGAAAGAUGUAAGAGUCUAAUGUUUCAUAAUCCAUGAGGACGACAAUAAUUGACCCAACCACAUCACUGGUCUGGCCAAAGUUUGUCAGCCGGGUUAGAUUUAACCUUCAUUACACACCUUCAAAAAUAAUAACGCUUCUUCGUUAGGCCUUCAUUUUCCUGCCCAAGCCUUAACUGUUGCCUCAUUGUCAUGUCGUUUUGUUGAUGUCUACGUUUGUAAGAGAAAUGUACUGCCUUGUUUGUGUUAUGAAAUCAAACCAUGUAAAAAGAAAGCUAAACAGACAUGUUUGAGUAUUUUCAUUUUGUAUGUAUGUAAAUAAAUAUAUCUUAUCAGUCUUGGAA